AUGGAAGCAGAAAACGACACAAUUCUGACACAGUUCCUCCUCCUGGGCCUCUCAGAGGAUCCCGAAUGGCAGCCUGUCCUCUUUGGGCUGUUCCUGUCCAUGUACCUGGUCACAGUGCUGGGGAACCUGCUCAUCAUCCUGGCUGUCAGCUGUGACCCCCACCUCCACACCCCCAUGUACUUCUUCCUCUCCAACCUGUCCUUGGCUGACAUCGGCUUCAUCUCCACCACGGUCCCUAAGAUGCUGGUGAACAUCCAGACACACAGCAAAGAAAUCUCCUACAUCCAGUGCCUCACUCAGACAUAUUUUUUCACAACUUUAGUUGGAGUGGAUAAUAUUCUGUUGACAAUCAUGGCCUAUGACCGCUUUGUGGCCAUCUGCCACCCUCUGAGAUACACAGUCAUCAUGAACCCCCGGCUGUGUGUCCACCUGGUGCUGCUGUCUUGGCUCAUCCUGUCCUGGGUCUCCCUGAUUCAUAUUCUACUGGCGAAUCGACUGACCUUCUCCACGGGCACUGAAAUCCCACAUUUCUUCUGUGAACUGGCUCAGCUUCUCAAGGUGGCCACCUCUGACACCUUUAUCAAUAACUUGUUUGUGUACCUGGCGACUGCCCUGCUGGGUGUGUUUCCUGUCACUGGGAUCCUCUAUUCUUACUCUCAGAUUGUCUCCUCCUUCCUGAGGAUGUCCUCCAUGAAGACGAAGUCUAAAGCCUUCUCCACCUGUGGGUCCCACCUCUGUGUGGUCUCCUUGUUCUGUGGAACAGGACUUGGGGUUUACCUCACUUCUGCUCUGACCCACUCUUCCCAGGCAAGCUCCGUUGCCUCCGUGAUGUACACUGUGGUCACCCCCAUGCUGAACCCCUUCAUCUACAGCCUGAGGAACAGGGAUGUGAAGGGGGCCCUCGGGAGACUCCUCAGCAGAGCAGCCUCUAGACCUUGA